AUGACACCUACUACUACUACUACUACUACUACUACUACUACUACUACUACUACUACUACUACUACUACUACUACUACUACUACUACUACUACUACUACUACUACUACUACUACUACUACUACUACUACUACUACUACUACUACUACUACUACUACUACUACUACUACUACUACUACUACUGCUACUAGCAAUAAUAAUAAUAAUAAUAAUAAUAAUAAUAAUAAUAAAGAAUCUUAA